AUGGAUAUGGGGGUCCUAUUGCAGAAUUCCACUGACUUCAUCCUCUUGGGCCUCAUCACUCAUCCGUUGUUCCCUGAGCUUAUCUUUGCAGUGGUUUUCUCCAUCUUUGUAGUAGCAAUAACAGCCAAUGUAGUCAUGAUUCUGCUCAUCCAUGUGGACUCUCGCCUCCACACACCCAUGUACUUCCUGCUCAGCCAGCUCUCCAUUAUGGACACAGUAUACAUAUGCAUCACUGUUCCCAAGAUGUUGCAAGAUCUUCUGUCCAAGGAAAAAUCCAUCUCCUUCAUUGGGUGUGCCAUUCAAAUAUUUCUCUACCUCACCCUAAUUGGAGGGGAAUUCUUUCUGCUGGGUCUCAUGGCCUAUGACCGAUAUGUGGCGGUGUGCAACCCCCUUAGAUAUCCUCUCCUCAUGAACCGCAGGGUUUGCUUGUUCAUGGUGGUGGGAUCCUGGUUUGGUGGCUCCUUGGAUGGAUUUAUGCUGACCCCUGUCACCAUGAGUUUUCCCUACUGUGGGUCUCGAGAAAUCAAUCAUUUUUUCUGUGAGAUCCCAGCUGUAUUGAAGUUGUCAUGUGUAGACACAUCACUCUAUGAGACCCUCAUGUAUUCCUGCUGUGUGUUGAUGCUGCUCAUCCCCAUAUCCAUCAUUGCUGUCUCCUACACACGGAUUCUGAUUACUGUGCAUCAAAUGAAUUCUGCGGAGGGUCGGCGCAAAGCCUUUGCUACUUGCUCCUCACACAUUAUGGUGGUGAGUAUUUUCUAUGGGGCAGCCUUCUAUACCAACGUACUGCCCCACUCCUACCACACACCAGAAAAAGACAAAGUCGUGUCUGCCUUCUACACUAUCCUCACUCCCAUGCUCAACCCACUCAUCUACAGUUUGAGAAAUAAAGAUGUGACUGCAGCUCUCAGGAAGGUGCUUUGGAGAUGUAACGCCUCCCAGAGAAUCGGGACGAGGGAUGUAUCUGGGAAAUGCUAG